AUGGGUCGCGUGGGGGAGGGGGAGGGGGAGUUCCGGGGCGGAGGUCCAGGUCGUCCGGGGGCCCGCGGGGGGGGUGGAGGUGGAGUAGGAGGAGGAGGAGGAGGGUACUCGGAGGAGUACGGGGCCCAGGACGAUAGCUUUGAGGCCCCGGAUGAGAUGGGCCGCGGCUGGGAGGGCGGCGGCGGCGGCGGCGGCGGCGGCGGCCGGGGCAGACCCCCCCGCGGUGGAGGUCCGCCUCGAGGUGGAGGAGGAGGCCACGAGGGUUACCGCGGUGACGGCCAGCCGAUGCUGGACAGCUCCUCCCCCGGCGGAAGGGGGGAGCGCCCCCCCCCGCCCUCCUCCAUGCAGGGCAUGGACAUGGCGUCCCUCCCCCCACGCAAACGGCCCUGGCACGACGGCCCGGGCACCGGAGACCCCCGGGACCCCCGCGAACCUCCCGGUGGAGGAGGAGGAGGAGGAGCUGGAGCAGGAGGGCCUGAGGGUCGCCCCCCCCAGAGAGGCGAGGAGGGGGGCUAUGGGCUGGCCGUACGAGGAGGUCGUGGGGGUGGGGGCUGGGGUCCAGGAGGAGGAGGUGCAGGAGGUCCCCCUCUCAGGAGAGGAGCACCCAGAGGAGUCCCCCGUGGUGGCCGCGGCCGGUAGUGACCGCCCCCCCAACCCCCCC